AUGCGCUUUGUCUCACUUCUUGGAUAUAAUGCAGAAGACAGCUUUGAAAAUAAAUACAGGAGACUGAAAAAACAGACUUUGGUGCCCAUUAAGAGACUGCCAGAUGCCUUGAUUAUUGGUGUUAAGAAAUGUGGAACACGCGCACUGUUGGAGUUUUUAAGGGUGCAUCCCGAUGUGAGGGCUGCUGGAUCGGAAGUCCAUUUCUUUGAUAAGUUCUACCAUAAGGGUUUCCAGUGGUACAGAGAGAAAAUGCCACCAACGUUGGAAGGUCAAAUAACAAUGGAAAAAACACCAUCGUACUGGGUGACCCGAUCUGCGCCACGAAGAGUGUAUGCCAUGAAUCCUACAGUGCGGCUAAUGGUCGUGGUUCGAGACCCGGUUACGAGAGCAAUUAGCGACUAUACACAGUCUGCAAGCAAACGGCCGACGCUCCCACGUUUUGAAGAUUUAGCUUUAGUCAACAGCACUGUGGGUUGGGGCGGGACCUGGUCAGUAGUGGACGCUUCGUGGCCGCCAGUGAGACUGGGUGUUUAUGCCAGACCGCUUAGACGAUGGCUCCGUCGGUUUCCACGCUCAAGACUUUUGCUCAUCAGCGGCGAAAGAUUGGUUGCUGACCCUGCUGCAGAAAUGGCACGGGUGCAGAAAUUUCUGGGCCUGAAGCAGGUAAUAACAGAAAAACAUUUCUAUUUCAACUCCUCUAAGGGUUUCCCGUGCCUUUUGAAGUCUGAGGGUCAAUCUACACCACAUUGUCUUGGCAAGACUAAAGGCCGCAGUCAUCCAUUCAUCGAUCCGGUUGCCAUCGAAAGGCUUAGGGAAUAUUACAGGCCCUUUAACGAAAGGUUUUACGAGUUGGCUGGUAUAAACUUUGGAUGGCCUUGA